AUGCCGAGAGUGACACCACCUCGAUCCCCACGCUCUGAGCCUGCGCAAGCCGCAGCCUCUGGCGCGGAAUCUUCGUUAGGUCCAAGUGUCAACCCCGAUCCUGGUCCAAGAUCCGUGACAGCAGCCGACGCGCAAGCCGCUGCUCUAAGCGCGGAUUCGCCAGGGGAGGGUGCCAACCAGGCAGAGGCUGAGGUGACGUCCUUGUCGGAACUCGGUUCAUUGGCCAUUGAUGCGUUGAACCUGUUCAUCGACAACCAAGACCCACCAGCCGCUGCCGCAGGCGCGGGUUCAGAAAGCUCGAAGUGGGCAGGUGCAGCCUCCGAGGCUGAUUCAGGCCCUACUCUCUUUCCGCCUUCCGUGAUUGAGCACGAAGAUAGGGAUCUCGAGCUUGAAGAACCCUUCGCCGGCCCAAAGGGUCUAGACUAUCCCGGCGACACAGAGAUCCAUCCUCUCGAUAGCCCCACGGCCGAAGACCAUCCGGCCCCCGUGGACGAGCAUUCGUUAGGUAAUACCCAAGAUAUGCAACCCUCCCCUGAUCAAGACCAUCCGGUCCCAGAGGAGGCAACUUCGGCCAGUGCGGACGCCCCUAAUCCGACAGACCAAGGCGAUCUCGCCCCUGCGGAGGAGGAGCCUGAAGAGUUCGUGCCACCCGAAACCCUAAUUGCCCAGGCAUCAUCUACACCUAAUAGUCCUCCCCUAUCCACUAAUAACCUGUUUGAUCCACUUGGUGAAGACGAGGAGUCCUCCGCUGAGGACGCUGUGGAAGAAGGGAUUGCGCAACGCAUCCAAGAGCAGUACGACUUGGAGGCAGCGCUGGAGGAGUCAGCCCGGAUCGCAGGCGUCGAGCCGGAACCGGCUGACUUGGGUGUCGGUGAAGCCGCUGCCAUUGGCGCGGGAAAGGGGGAGAGAGACCGCACCCGUAGGAGGGGGUGCCGUGCCGGCGCCAAACACGUCGCGGGCCGUGAAAACCUCUCCUAUGGGCAGACGUGUGAAUACAUCCGUGCACAGCUCGGUGAUUCCACUUAUGCGCGGUUCGGCCGCCGCUUCAAUCUCCCUCACAUUCCCCCACAAGUGGCCCGCAAGCAGUACCCGGAGUGGUUCGGAUAUGUUCUUCGACAUUCUGAGAGGUGGGCGUCUGAUGCAGAGGGAGAGCUUUUGCCAGUGGACACCAUCACUCGAUGGGCGACCAUCCUGCCUGAGCUGUGGCAGUUCCUCUAUUCGAUCGACUCCACUUUGCUGCAAGGCCACUUCGGGAUCAUCCUCCGCGGUCAGUGCAGCGAUAGCCACGGCUCCUUGGUAGAAGCAAAGGCCACCAAGACCAGUGCCGGAAAGUCAGUGUCAAAAGGGAUUGAGACAAAGCCAAAGUCUGUAGCCGCAGGGCCGAAGUCUAAGCCAGCCGCAGCCUCUGGCGCGG